CGGGUGUCUUGUUUAUGUUUUUUGUCAUUAUAUAUACAAAAUGCGUCUCUGGUUGUCAGGUUGUUUCUUCAUAGACGCCUUAUUUUCGCAACAGAUGCAGUGUUCCAGUAGAUAUAAAUAUUAUUUUCAUCGAAAGAGUGUAAUAUCAUGACCGAAGAUUACAUUCUGUCCCAUCCUUUGCGGACGCCAUUAGCAUAUGAUCCACGUUUCAAAGUUGAUAUACAGUUGGAUGAACCAUUGUGGAAAGUUCUUUUAUCUCCAAGUGAUGUUGCUAUUGAAGUUUUGACACUCUGCUCACAACUUGAGCCUUUGUGUAAAAGAAAGUAUACUACUAAAAGUGGAAAGAUCACCAACAGUCAUAAGAAUGAAUUUCAAAACUCGUUUGAACCGAAAGCACGUGUUGUUCUUCGAAAGAUGGAAGAGUAUCUGCAGUUUUUGCCAAGUCCGCAACCUACCUUAGAGGAGUAUCUACAAUACAGUGGUUUAGCCGAGCUUUUCCCAAGAGUAAUGUCUUAUAUUGAUAGCCCCGAACGACCAAUAUUUUUUGCCCAGGAGUAUCUUCUUGAAGAACAUUUCAGUACCUUUGGGUUGUUGAACCAACUAGUUACAUUAUCCCAUCAGUUGAAUUACGAUGCGUUUAAUCGCUCCAACCACAAGUACAUGGCUCAUCAAUUGGCGUUGCUUUAUCAAUCGAUCAACCUGCUUGGGUGCCAAGAACUAUUAGCCCAAAAGAAAGAGGUGGAAGGUCAUUUUAAAACUUUCAAAUCAAAACUUGUAGUGAAAGACAAAAAGAGUAUUCCGAAACUUCCAGAUGAUGAAAAGGAAUGGCUAAACAAAAUAACUCUAUCCAUCUUGGAAACCGCUACUAGUUUUCCAACAGAGUUGACCAAACCAAUGUUGGCAUCCAUAGCGUUCUUGCAAAAUUUGGAAUGAUUGCUAUAAAGAGAUUCUUCAAAACUAUGGGACUAUUAUACUAUUUAUACACUUAAUGAAUGCCCCCGAGGGAAGUAGUGAGUUUUGUUUUCCCAAGAGUCUGAAUGUUUGAAACAUUGAAACUCGAGGGAAAACAAAACUCACU